AUGUCGACUCCUUCCGAACCCGAAUCAUCUUCCUUCCCCAGUAUUGAGGUUCAACUAAAUUUGCCAACCCUCUCUGCGGCCUUCUCCUCUCCUAUAGCCGUGCCAGUGCGGGUGUCAGUCCGAAACACUGGGAAGACAUGUCUCACCGUUCUGAGAUGGGGGUCGCCCUUGGACCCUCAUGCCAAUAUCUUAGGUUUAUUUGAGAUUCGACAUGCAGAAAGCGGCGAGCCCGUUACUUUGGAUACCAUAAAGCUCUCUCGCAAGUUACCUCCGUCCGCAAAGGAGUUGGUUGAGAUUCCUCCCAGCAGCUCCGUUGUGGUUGAAGUAACUCUUCCUCGCGUACCGCUCGUGGAAGGACACAGAUACACCAUCCAAGCAAAAGGGAGAUGGCACGCAAUCUGGGCGCAGCGUCUUUCAGCAGUCACACCUCAGCAUCUAGAAAACCUAUCCACUGCGAAGAGAGGCGAAUUCUCCUCUCCUGCGGUACCAAUCCAACAAUUUGAGCAGUAG